AUGAAGGGAUGUGUUUCGCAGGGGAGGACGGGAGGAGAAACCCUCGCGUGUGGCUGCAGAACAGCAAACUGCACCCGUGAAAAGAGAAACAGCUCGAGUCUACAGGGGAGAGCGGGUCCGCGCUGCCAAGACCACAUUUCGGUGACUAAAACACCAGCAGCCCCUGGCAAAGACCACAAGAGAGCAAAGGGGAUGGAGAAGACCAAAGCGGUGCAGGAGGUCCCUUGCACACUGCCUGUCCCAACAAGCCAGAAGUCUCCAGCAAGUCGCCAGCCGUUGGCCACUCACUUUGUUCCUUUUGUUGCCCAUUUUGGGGGGCGUCAGCCCGACUCCUUCAAGUUUCUCUUCUACAAACCAAGUUGCUCCAACUCGUACAGCCCCUUCUACACUGCCCAGAGGCCAACCUGCGGGUACCGCUACCUCCGCGACACCGAUCACACCAGGAAGGUGAAUGAUGUCCCGAGUGCAAACAUUGUGAAAUGGAGACCCAUCGUGGACAAAAAGCCCUAG